AUGGCCUUACCCUUUAGGACAUCGUUAUGGUGGGACUUAAUCUAUACCGUUAUUAAAGGCCCUAUUAUAUUUAUAGCCCUCUUUGUCGUGAAGAUCAAUCGAGAUCAUCAUUCUACUGUGUUGUACACUGAGCAUAAGACUCUUGCGUUGCAGAUCUACCACACAUGCUUAAGUAAGAGGUUUGGCUAUGUAUCCAUGGCAUAUGUUGCAUCCAGUAUACUUAUUGGUAGUGUUUAUUUAACUCAAUUGAAGGAUUUGAGAGGUCAAUUCUAUAUGAUUCCUAUGUUUUACGAACAAAAACCAGCAGUUAAUGAUUCUUAUGUCUAUUAUUGGUUUGUGUGCAUCUGUACCGGCAUAGGAUACGCUUUACAUCAUUUGGUAUACCAGAGAAAUAAGCUAACCUUCCAAUUUGGGGUGUACAAAGUUUCAGUGGACAAACUGAUAUCCAAACAUUUGGGGUUGGUUUUCUCCCAAUCGUUGGCUUUAACAGUGGUUUCUACUGGUAUAACUCUUCCCAUAAUAUACAUGAUCUCCAGAUCAACUUUAUACAAGAUGAAUUGGGUUACAUUAUUUGUUUUGGGAUUGGAUUAUCAAUCCGUUCCACCAUUGGGGGUUACCUGGUCAUUAUAUUUCCAAACCAUCUUUUUGACAUUCAAUAUCCUUCUCCUGUGGGAAAUUGUUAAUCAUUUGUAUAAUGUUUAUGCCAGCAUUGGAUGUCUUGACGGUAAGAAACUUAUUAGCACCUAUUCCAAAGAUCCAAUUUCAACUUUAUUAUCGGGAUUAAGAAAUACCAACGGUGGGUUUAUUAACCAAUUGAGUAGAGUUACUGCGUUCCAAGAAUUGGCAUAUAUUUCCACUUCAUCAGAUGAUAAAGAAGCCAUUAAGUUAAGAAAAUCAAUCUAUAAGGCUAAAACUACUGAUGGAUAUUUAUGCUUACAAUUCCUUAUUGAAUGUGCUACCAUAAUCAGAGAUACAACCACCAGAAUUAAUUUUCGUACAGAUACAGAUCUUAGAGCAUUAAAGAAAAUAACCCAAGAACAAGAUAAUUCUACAACUAAUGUGAAUAAUAAUGAUACUCUGUUUACAGACAUUUUUGGUAAUUCAAGUAUUCAUAGUUCAUCGUCUCCACCCAGUUCAUCGACUCCAAUCACCAAUGAUUUACGAAUUUACCCCCAAACUACAAACUCCCAUGUCAUCAAUUUACAAUCGGAAAACCUGGUUAUAUUUGCUAAGAAAAUACAAGAUGUUUUCAAUCAUUAUGUUUCUGUCCCCCUUCUGAAUCUGGUGAUAUCACAUUUACCCAAGGCAUAUCGAGCUAAAAUGAAUUCAUUUAAAACUCGUCUUAUGAGCAGGUAUAAUCAAUUUAAUGAUGAUUUUCUUUCCAGUUGGUUUGGAGUUUUCUUUCGAAUUACAUUGAAACGUGACUGUGAAUCUCGAGUAUUGGACCCAGUUACCUUUGGAAAUUCAAUAAUUAGUAUCUCCCAUUUAUGUACACAUUCCAUCUCCGAAGAUUUAUUGGGAGUGGUGACUGAUAUUCAAGUCAGUGAUGUUUUUAAGUUGUUGGAGAAACCAAUUAGAGUGUGUUCAAACUAUACAGAUUAUAUUCCCCAUUCAGUUUAUUUGCCCCGAGGAACAAUGACCAGAAGAGAUCCCAAACAAUUGAUUGCUGUAUUACAUGAUUUGGCCAUAAUGGAGUUUUAUCAAAUGUGCAUCAAGUUCAAUUUCAAAUUGGACGAUUUAAUUUUAAACUUGAGGACCUAUAAGUUAGCAAAGCAUGUUAUAGAUGUUGCUAUUGCUGAACAAACAACACAAGACAACAAAAUAUUAACAGAAUUAUAA